AUGGAUAAGUGGUAUGAUGAUCAAAUAAAGAAGAUGCAAUUGGGAGGCAAUGCAGAAUGGAAACAAUUUUACGAAUCGCAUUCAGAGUACUCUCCCGAUAUGUCUUUAAAGGAUAAAUACCACAGUGCAUUUGCAACUGAAUAUCGAGAAAAGCUAGCAGCAAAAUGUGAAGGUCGGAGCUGGUCACCGUCGUCCACAACAACCCGCCAAUCAACGCGCACAAACACGUCAAAUAAAUCCCUACGACCUACGGCAGGUCAUUCGAAUUCUUUCCAUGCAUCGAACCUCAAUGGUUUUAAAAGCGAUUCUUCUCUCCCACUAUCCUCAUCUUCUCAAAAAGUUCAAAAUGAAGCCUACUUUUCUUCCCUUGGAGCCCUGAAUUCGUCUCGAUCCGAGGCCGUUCCGCCUAAUCAAGGCGGGAAAUAUACGGGAUUUGGAAACCCUGCUUUCAGCUAUUCAGCGUCUGCUUCCACAUCGGCUCCUGAUUUGAAUGAAUUCGUAAAUGAUCCUAUGGGCGUUUUGUCAAAAGGGUUUAGUUUCAUAAGUCAACAAGUUGUGGAAGGUGCAAAGAUUGCUGCACAAAGUGCCGAGACGUUGGGAUAUACAGUGAAUGAAAAGGUCAUUAAACCCACGGCGGAUAAGGUCAGGGAGGGUGAAGUAUCGAAGAGUGUGGCCGGAUAUAUGGCUGGCUUUGGAAAGACGGUAACCGAAACCGCAACCCGUUCGAUCUCGUCUCUAUCCUCGACUCUUUCCAAUACCAGCUCGUCCUCCACGCAACCUUCACAAUCCAUUUAUUCCUCACUUCCUACGUCUCCUAGCGCCGAUGGUGACUUUUUUACUGAAACAAUGAACCAUUAUCAGCAAAGAAACUCUCCGGCACCCAGUAGAAGUUCUACCCUAUUGUCAAAGAACAAUACAUUGGGAUCUGCGUCGCCGAAGGUUGAAGGUUCAGGAACCGCCACCGCCACUACGAGGAAGAGAGAAAAGAAAGACGUUUGGAACGAUGAUGAAUGGAGUUCUUGGUGA